CCCCUGGCAAGCGAUUCUCCCAUAAAUGCGCCUCACCACCGCGACUUUGACGUCUCCUGACCAUGCGCAGCUCGCCGGGCGAUCGAUCACAUUUCCGCCUCAAAUGACUAACCACCGACCUGCCUGGCAACCUCUCCUUAUCGGACGGCAGAUAGUGCGUUUUUAGAAUGGAGUCUUCUUUCACCGACGCCGAGAAGCGCUUCGUCCUCGCCGAGAUGAUCAAGGUCAGUCAUAUGGACGUUGGCACGCUCGUCGGCUUUGUCAAGCAUCACGACAUCCACCCGAACUGGAUGCAUAUGCAGCUCCCUAGCGGUCGAAAUAUGAGUCAGUGUCUUCGCGCAGCCGAGACCAUGUUUGACAAGCAAUUUCUACCACCCGUAAUGCCCAUGUUAAAGCGCAAGUCUUUCGAUGAAACCAGCGAGCAAAUACUCAAGAGACAGGCCGUCAUGUCGCCCAUGGAGCGGCAGGCUUAUCCUGCCCCCCGCAGUUUCGGAUCUCAGAACGCCAGCACUGCCCAACCAGUCAGUAUACAACCGCGCCCGUCUCCAAAUGGCUAUGCCGCAGCCUCUCCUUCCGUCUCCGCAGCGCCUGUGUCUGUGACGACUCCGGUUGCUAUGCCUCCUGGGCGAAAGCGCGGCCGCCCCUCAAAAGCCGACAAGGAGGCACGCGCCCGGGCUCGUGCAAAUGUGUCGCAGUCAGCCGGCUACACGCCGAUUACUCCUGCUCCGAUCGCGCCGUUGCCCGCACCGCCUACACCCCAGCAGACAUACAGCCCCAGCCCAAGUGCAACCUCGGCAUACCAGAUAUCUUCCGAGAGCGCGCCCGAGCCAAAGCCGAACAAGAAAUCUCGACCCCCAGCCCCAGACAACCAACAGCAAUCGGAGAAUGUUCCUCGGUCAGUGCAAGGGAUGGUGACCAGCACCGAAUCGGCAGACCAGCAGACAGCGGGACCCGAAGGGGGGCUCGGAUACAGGUGGCGUGAUAAUGCGCUGCGCGAGGAUCAAAAGGAUGCUGGAAGAUAUUCUGGCCCAGUCCCGCUGGAACCCCCCAUACAGACUCAGAGACCAGCAGAAAACCAACCCCUACGGGACUCGCACAUGUCUCUGGCUACGGCAGGUGUACACAGAGCGACUGGCCCCGUUCCGGCGAUGGAACACGCGAUGAAGGACGGACAUCCACGAGUGGCUAACCAGGCAUGAAACGGCGUUCCAGUUCUCGGCUUCUAUAACCGUUAUUUUAUUAUGUUCUCGAAUCCUUAAUACCCUUCCUGGGUCAUACAGGAGGAUGUUCCUAUUAUGGCCCAACACCGCCCGUCCUACUUAUCUUCUUUUCGUUCCUUCCGGAAACCGUGGGACCAGGGGGGCGGCUGUGUGACUUUGA